CCACUCCAGCGUCCCAGAGGGAAGUCACAGUUCCUGAUUCUGGCGUUCCAGGCCUCCUCCUCCCCGCCCCUCGGGUGGCCUUCCCCACCCAAAGCUGUCCCCAGUGGGCAUCUGUACUCGAGCUUCUGAGGAUUCGGCUUUCUCAUUGCGGUGUUCUGAGCCUGCCACUUCCUCUCUUGGAUGGGAAUGGCGAGGCGAGAUCUAGCCUUUAGGGUGGGAAGAGAAUGCACCGAAAGCGGUCGGGAUGAAGGAGGCCGUCAAUAAACGGGAGUUGUUGCUAUGGCUUUGGUUGUGAUCUGCGCGUUCCACAAACUGUCCUGGGUCUGGAUGAACUAAUUAGAGGGGACUGAUCAGAAGGCUCUCGGUGACAGAGAUCUGGCUUCUUACUGGCACUCAGAGAGGCAGUCGGGGUGGACGGUCGACUUGAAGACAGGGAGGGGUGAGGAACGGGCAGAGGCCAGUUGUUUGCUUGGCCACUGGAGGGAGUUUGGACUUAUCCAGAGGGCACUAGGGAGCCGUGAAGGGCUUCAAGCCGGGGAGGAUCAUGUCUGAUUCCCUGGUGGUGUGCGAGGUAGACCCAGAGCUAAGAGAAAAGCUGAGGAAAUUCCGCUUCCGAAAAGAGACAGACAAUGCAGCCAUCAUAAUGAAGGUGGACAAAGACCGGCAGAUGGUGGUGCUGGAGGAAGAAUUUCAGAACAUUUCCCCAGAGGAGCUCAAAAUGGAGUUGCCAGAGAGACAGCCCAGGUUCGUGGUUUACAGCUACAAGUAUGUGCACGAGGAUGGCCGAGUGUCCUACCCUUUGUGUUUCAUCUUCUCCAGCCCUGUGGGUUGCAAGCCAGAACAACAGAUGAUGUAUGCAGGGAGUAAAAACAGGCUGGUGCAGACAGCAGAGCUUACGAAGGUGUUUGAAAUCCGCACCACUGAUGAGCUCACCGAGGCCUGGCUCCAAGAAAAGUUGUCUUUCUUUCGUUGAUCUCUGGGCUGAGACCUGAAUUCCUGAUGUCUGAGUCCUCAAGGGGAUUGGGGACUUGGAUUCCUAGGACCUGAACAAGAAAGACUUUAAAUAAAUUUAAAAAUGCAAAAAUUCA